GGCUCGAGCCUCCCUGACUUACCAGUGUCAGUCAGGUCCCAGUCCUGUAGAGGAUGGAGGUGUUCUCGGGUGCCAGUGCUGCGGAACCAAGCGAGAAUCAGGCUUUAAAGCGGUGUCUGCUGCGCCGUAACCACAGCCGCGAACAGCACGGCGUGGCGGCCUCCUGCCUCGAGGACCUGAGGAGCAAGGCCUAUGACAUCCUGGCCAUUGAUAAGUCCCUGGCACCAGUCACCCUGGUCCUGGCAGAGGAUGGCACCAUAGUGGAUGAUGAUGAUUACUUCCUGUGUCUACCUUCUAAUACUAAGUUUGUGGCAUUGGCCGGUAAUGAGAAGUGGGCGUACAACAACUCAGAUGGAGGUACUGCUUGGAUUUCCCAGGAGUCCGUGGAUAUAGAUGAAACAGACAGCGGGGCAGGGUUGAAGUGGAAGAAUGUGGCCAGGCAGCUGAAAGAAGACCUGUCCAGCAUCAUCCUCCUAUCAGAGGAGGACCUCCAAGUGCUCAUCGAUGUUCCCUGUUCAGAACUGGCUCAGGAACUAUGCCAAAGUUGUGUCACAGUCCAGGGGCUGCAGAACACCCUCCAGCAGGUGCUUGACCAGAGAGAGGAAGCCCGUCAGUCCAAGCAGCUCUUGGAGCUUUAUCUCCAGGCUUUGGAGAAGGAGGGCAGCAUUCUGUCCCAGCAGCAAGAGUCCAAAGCUGGCUUCGGUGAUGAGAUGGAUACAGUUGACACGGGUAUGAGCAGAGAGAGCUCCUCCGAAAUUGCCCUUGCAAGCCAGAUCCUUACUGCACUGAAGGAGAAGCCUGCUCCAGAGCUGAGUCUAUCCAGUCAGGAUUUGGAGUUGGUUACCAAGGAAGACCCCCAAGCACUGGCUGUUGCUUUGAACUGGGACGUAAAGAAGACGGAAGCUGUUCAACAAGCCUGUAAUCAGGAGCUGAGCCUGCGCCUCCAGCAGGUGCAGAGUCUGCAUUCUCUCAGGAAUAUUUCAGCACGGAGGAACUCAGUGCCCGGAGAACUGCAGAAUCCCAAACGAGCUAAGCAAGAUGCCACAUAGCUGUAGCUGCAAAUAUGCCAAAGAGAACCCUGUGACCUUGGUUCUGUUAUCAGUAAAUCCCUUCAGCCUUUUCAGCUCCCUGUAUACUACUCUGCCCCCUGCCCUGGAGCAUGUUCUCCUGGAAGAGGCUGGAAGACUGGCUCCAUGCCCCCUCCAGAAAAGCUAUUCUAGAUCUCAACAUCUGCCCGUCUACCCAUUUUGAAUGAUGCAUCAAUAUAUCCCACCUCCUCUAGUUACAUGUUCUUAUGUUCUCUGUUUUAAAGUAAUUAUGAAGGGCAGUGAAAAGAAAUUGUCAUACUUGAAACUCACUAUCCUGUUCUUAGGAUAGAAAUGCAAAAUUUAAACAAAUAAUGGUAGAGAAGGUGACAUAAUAGUGUUGAUCAUGGUGACAAACUUGUUUCUCCAGUUAAUGAACUUUUUUGUUUGUUCAAAGGCACAUAUUAAGUUUGCAGACCACAGGGACAUAUGGAGAGUCUCACCAUUUCUAAUAUCCAGUUCAGUAUUGUGAAAUUAUAUCUGAAACUCUUCAGUUUUCUAAUAUGUUUUAUCAGCAGGGGGCAGAAAAGGUCAUUAAAUCGAUUUCCAUGAGAUAUGACUCCGAGUCUCUGGGUGCAAAGCAGACUCUGGAUUACAUACCUCCUGUUCUGUACAGAUUUACUCUUCAGGUUUUGUCAUCUCCAGUACAUUCUCCUUGCAGGGAAAAGAUAAUGGGUUAUCAUUGACUUGUUUGGAUUUUUUUUUAAGCAUGCUUAGAGGAAAAUAGAAUUCUACUAAGAGAUACAUUGACUAAUUAUUAAGCAAAGAAGUAUAACAGUAAGUCCUGGGGCCAGAAUGGAUGCAGAAAACCAACAGAACACAAAGAACUGUUUCCUUUUCCUGUGGUCUUAAAGGAGGGCUCAGAUGUAGUCAGCAUCCUUUCACUAAUGCCUUACACCCCUGGUUCUCACUUAUUAGCCCCAACAUUUCCUUUUUUAAUGGCAUAUUUUAUUAUGCUUCCUUAAUUAUCCUUAAAUGAAAGCCAGGGCUGAUAACCUACCUACAUGCAUCCUUUCAAAAGUACUGAUAUAAUAUCCCAAGUGUAAUAACUCAGAAGAAACAAAAAAAACUUUCCAAUAAAAUGGCAUGUAUCUCA